AAACAAAAAACAAAAGGAGCAGGUGAAUCAGGCCUAGGCUAUCAAAUUACCCAGUUUCGAAAACAAUUCCCAUGGCGACGGAAAAGUGUGCAGAAGAUUUUGGGGACACCUCCGCGGCGUCCUUGAAAAUGGUACCAAAGGACUAUGCAUAUCCACUUCUUGAGGAUCCGCAAGGCGCGCUGACCCCGCCCAGUGAAGGCGGGCGGACGCUAGUUACCCGCGGUGGCUUCAACUACUUCCACUACGGAUGCGAUGGCCACCAGGAUGCUGGCUGGGGUUGUGGCUACCGCACCCUGCAAUCGGCCAUUUCCUGGAUCCAACGUCGACGGGGGUCGAGCGGUCAUGUGCCUUCCAUCCGGGAGAUUCAGCAGAUCCUGGUGGCCCUCGGCGACAAGGGUGCAGAGUUCGUGGGCUCGCGCGACUGGAUCGGCACGCUGGAGGAGUUCUACGUGAUCGAUGUGCUGCACCAGGUGCCCUGCAAGAUUCUUCACGCCAAGGAGCUCAGCUCGAAAGAGAUCCUCGGCGAGCUUCGGAGCUAUUUUGAGAAGUACCAAGGCUUCGUCGCAAUGGGCGGUCUCAGUGACACCGCCUCCAAGGCCAUUACCGGCUACCAUUGCAGUGCACGUGGUCGCAUCUUCCUGCAGGUGGUGGAUCCGCAUUUCGUAGGCGUGCCCAGCUCCCGGCAGCACUUAAUCGAUCAGGGCUAUGUCCGUUGGGUGCCCGUUGACGAGUUCGCCGACAGCACGUACAACCUCUGCCUCAUCUUGCAGCCGUAGUCGCAACUCUCCGUACCUAUUUUAGCAAUAAAUCCCGCUCAGCUCUUGAUUACCAUUA